AUGCCUGGCCUCAACUAUAUCCAUACUACUGCGGUUGAUAGCGAUGCCAUGCUCUCGUGGAUCCAUCCCCAUCUAGCACAAAGCAUCGACCCUCUCAAGGGCCGCAAACUGCAGGCCUCAAAGCCCAUCCAAAGAGGCGAGGUCCUCCUUCUCGACCCGCCGUACGCUAUCAUCCCAACCCCAACCCCAACCGUAGACGCCGACGCCGAGUCCGCCGAUAACACAACCACAACCCUCCUCUGCAGCAACCCUCUCUGCAACCGCUCACUACCUCAAAGCACCGGGACGACCUGUGUCAACCGCUGCAGCACAGACGUAACCUGGUGCAACGAGACAUGUCGCGAGAUAGACAAGCCACGCCACGACUUUGAAUGCACCUGGCUCGCGAAAUACUCGGCGCCGUUACGCACGAAAUGGGGCGAGUACAACUUCGGUAUGCUCUGGCUGAUCGUGCGGCUCCUUGCGAGACGACAUGUCGAGGGUCAGGAGGACAGCGACACCAACGGCACCUCUAACCGCACAUCCGCUACAAAUGGCACCAGCACACAUUCACCAAGCACGCCUCUCUCAACAUCAACAUCACUAUCUCCAUUAUCAUCAACCUCAGAAUCGAUCUCAACCUCAACGUCAUUUAAAGCCGGCUGGCCCGCAAUCUCGUCCCUCUGCGGCACACCCGAAACAUGGUCUCAUGCCCAAACGCGCGAAUGGACCGUUCUCGUGAAGAAAUAUCUCAGCAAGACAUCGCUACCGCAUGGCCUGUCCAACGCUGACGUCUUGGGCCUCAUCUGUAAAGAAGAGGCAAAUUCGUUCGGGCUUCAUCCCCGCGAGACGGGGAUUUAUCCGCCACCAUCGGUGAAGGAGGAGCAGGUAGGGAGGGGAGAACAAUUCGGCGCAGCGGUGUAUCCCCGCGCGUCGAUUGCGAAUCAUUCUUGUUGUCCGAAUAUAAUCCACAAACCCGACAAAACGGCCCGAAUGGUCUUUACAGCGGGGCGGGAUAUCGCCGCGGGAGAAGAGUGCUGCAUCUCGUACUUCGAUAUGACGCAGUAUGUGUCUCUGAGUGAGCGGAGGGCGCAUUUGUCCGGGUUGUUUCGAUUCAAGUGUGGGUGUCCACGGUGUACAGAGGAAGACGUGGAUGGUGAGGAGGGGAUGGGGUGGAGCGGAGAUGGACUUUUGGGGUUUGAGUGA